GUGAGCGCUCACACACUGAGAGCAAGUGAUGGGAGACAAACUCGGUCCCUGACGCGCGAUUCGCUCACCUGGCGAUAUUUUACUUAAUCUGAUUUUGCUUGUUUGUUAUUUCGUUGUUUCUCUUGAGAAAUAAUAAUAAAAAACAUUAUACUCCCGAAGCAGAACUGGAACUGAAGGUGGACGCCCGCCGUAAAUUUCAUUAUCAGUUUCCACAUUGGCUUUAAUUUGUGUGUUUGGGAAAUUGCGCACCGAUUGUCCAGGAUUUGAGUCAUGGCACAGGAGUGAGGCGCCUUUUGCCAAAAUGCCUGUUAACCGGAAUAUAACUUUUUCACGGCGGUCCUAUGGAAUAUAGUCCGAUUUUACACAACCUACAUGUUGUGCCAUCAUCCCACGUGAAAAACAAACUCUUUGUCUUCUGCAUAAUGUUGUCCCUUUGGGUGUAUAUGAUUUAUUGUUGUGUUGGCUACUGCUCAACUAUGCCAAACCUGACGUACGGCUCGGUGAGCAGACACCAAAACGAUGCAGAAGUUGACAAUCAGGAGUCCUCUCUCGGGGCUUCCAGGGACUUACUGAAUAACGAAAACGAUUUGGACAGCAGAGGAGAGGAGUGGGAUGAAAUUAGAGGAGAUGCGAAGACGUUGGAUGAUAAUGCCAUGUCAGGUUUCCUCAAUGAGUCGGAAAGUAAAAAGUUGCCCCAGGCGAUCAUCAUCGGGGUGAAGAAAGGAGGGACCCGGGCGCUGCUGGAGUUUCUGCGCCUGCAUCCAGACAUCAGAGCGGUGGGAGCAGAGCCGCACUUCUUCGACCGCAACUACGACAAGGGACUGGCGUGGUACAGGGAACUGAUGCCAAAGUCAUCAGACGGCCAGUUGACCAUGGAGAAGACUCCCAGCUACUAUGUCACCAAGGAGGUCCCUGCUCGAAUCUACACCAUGUCCAAAGACAUAAAGCUAAUUGUAGUCGUCCGGGAUCCUGUCACUCGAGCCAUCUCCGACUACACCCAGACUCGCUCGAAAAAGCCGGACAUCCCCUCUUUCGAGAGCCUGACCUUUAAGAACAUGUCAGCAGGUCUGAUUGACACCACAUGGAGCGCUGUUCAAAUCGGCAUGUAUGCUAAGCACCUUGAGCGCUGGCUCCAGUACUUCCCCAUGGAGCAGCUGCUGUUUGUUAGUGGCGAGCGCUUGAUUAGCGACCCUGCAGGUGAGAUGGCUCGCGUCCAGGACUUUCUUGGGCUCAGGAGGGUGGUCACGGAGAAGCAUUUCCAUUUUAACCCGGCAAAGGGCUUCCCCUGCCUUAAGAGACCUGAGGGGAACAGCAAGCCACACUGCCUGGGCAAAACCAAAGGCAGGACCCAUCCUAAUAUUGACCCAGAGGUGGUGCAGAGGCUAAGGGACUUUUAUAAACCCUUUAAUAGCAAGUUUUACCAGAUGACUGGUCAUGACUUUGGCUGGGACUAAGAGGAAAACUAUGUGUUUAUCACUCUGGAGAUAUUGUUAUACAGUGUAUGUACAGUAUUUGGUGGAUGUGUAAAAAGUUCAGAAGUCUAUUUUAUGAUAAUUUAUUGUUAUGAUAUUAACUCACUAAGCUGCCUAACCGGGUUUAUUCAUGAUCCACCACACAUAGUUUUAAUUCUAACAAUUGCUACAAGCACAAUGUUUUUACGGGUAUUACGAGCAAGGUUAGUAUCCUUCUUUUUUUCACCAGGAUAUUACUUUUUGGCUUUGUUUGGAUAACCACUUCUCUUUCUUUGACUUUUCUAAAUGCUGCUUUUGUUUCACCUUAAGCUGAAUAGGAUCCAACUUUACAAACAACUGGUAAUAUCCCCUUAACAUUUGCCUGACCCUCAGAGGUCUGUAGACCCACUUAGUCAGGUCGAUACAGGCCUCAGCUGAUCCAGUGCCACUUGCCAGGUGGAUCAAUACAGUAAUAGCUCCUCAUCAUGUCAAUUAGACCUGAGUGAUGGCACUGCCUUGAUCUCUCGAGCACCGUAAUAUAACAUGGAUCCAUUAAUGGUUGUAAGUUUAUGGUUGACCCUUGAGCCAACUUCAAGUUAAUAUAAUAAUAUUCAUUUCCACUGCAAUAUUUUGACUUAACCACUAUUUAUACCAUUCCUACAAAGGAAUGUUGAUUAUGAUACAAUAAAGGGUCCUGUCAUAAUACUUUCGGCAUGUUUUAUCCAUUUUCCAAAAAAAUUAAGUCCUGCAGAAGCUUCAUAAUGCUUUAUCAUUUUCAAAAAAGAUAUUGAUUCAUAUGGCUUAAUCACAUUCAUUGAUUUGUGCUGGCUCUCACUGAUCAUCCUAUACAGCUUUUUUCACCACAGGUGAUACUACAUGUGUUAAGGAUGUCCUUACUCAUGACACACCCAACGAUGGAGAUAAGCUUUUGUCUUAAUCCCUCCGUCUGAAGAGAAAUAAAAUAAACCUACCUUGGGCCAAAAUUGAUUUAAAUUUCACGUACGGUUGAGUUUUAUUCAACCUCAUAAACAUGCAUUUCAACAGAUGUCAUUCCAUAAUGAUGUGCUGCAACAGCGCUGUUGUAGACACACUAUUUUGCUGUGUGCGUUGCUUUACAAACAUGGAAAUGAAGCAGGUUUGACUGAGAAGUUGCAAUCAUGUCAUUUUUAUGAAGUAAGAAAUAAAUAUGUUUUACCAAAAUCA